CAGUCAAACGUUUCAUUAACAAAAUUACUCCAUUUGUUACGCGAAAUGGUAUUUGCUGGCGAACGCUGUUUUAAGCUUCAUCGAAUCAUGUUUAUGGCUAUGGGAUUAUGGCCGUAUCAAAAUUUAUUUAUCCGGCGAAUACAAUCAGUUUUUUAUUUUGGUAUAUACUGCGGUAAUACAUUCUUUCAGAUCGCACCGUUUUUGACAACGACAUGUGACAUGGAUUGUACCCUUAAAAGAGUUUCUUAUAUUUCUAUUUGUCUUGUUUAUCUUCUGCAUUACAGUUGUUUCUAUUUCAAUUCUGAAGCUAUAAAGCAAAUACUCGAACAUAUGCAGCUCGACUGGAAAAUGUUUAAAAGCUGUGAUGCAGCAAUGAAAAUAUUAGAAGAAUAUCUUUACGAAUCUUAUCUUUUCGCAAUAUUUGUGCACUUUCUUAUUAUUGUGGUUACAUUUGUACUUGGGACUUUUGAAAGUAGAACUUUUAUUCUUGACAUUAUCUUUCCGAGAAAUGUAUCUCGACAACGUAAACUUGAAGUGGAUCUUGAAUUUUUCAUCGAUAAAGAACAAUAUUUCAUUUUGUAUUUAAUUCACGAGGUAGCAGCAGUGUCAAUCGGUAGUUGGGCGGUAAUGACAUUGGGAACACUCCUGGGUACAGUAGGGAAACACUGUUGUGCUGCAUAUAAAAUUGCUAGUUGUUUAAUACAAACGACGGUGACCGCCCAUACACUGCAAUUUCCUGUUGCUCAAAAGAUGCACUUUAUGCAUCGGAACAUUUGUCUUUCAGUUUACAUUCAUAGAAGAACUGUGGAGUUCUGCAAAAACUUGUUACUUUCGUUUGAUUUAUGGUAUUCCCUGUUACUUUUAAUUUGCGUACUGUCUUUAAGUUGCCUUAUGUUUCGCCUGUGUAAUGCUUUAAUGCUGUUCAACGAUUUCUAUGAUAUUUUAGUAUCCGCUAUCGUACUGUAUACUUAUAUAAUAUAUAUGUUUGUUGGAAAUUUUCUUGUACAAUCUUAUACGGAUCACAGUAUAGAACUAGUAGAAUCUACGUAUAAUACUCUUUGGUAUGUAGCGCCACUACCGAUUAAAAAAUUGUUCUUAAUUAUGCAAAAAUCUAUAAAGAGCCAUAAACUAGUAAUAGGUGGACUUUUUGUACCGUCUAUGGAAGGUUUCACUACGCUCGUAACUACGGCAAUAUCAUACUUUUCUGUAAUGUAUGCAAUGCAUUCGUAAUGAAGAAAAUGUAGUUAUUGAAUAUUUGAUUGCAAGAAAAUAAUUGUUUUUAUUAAGGAAAGUGAUAAGCGCUCUUUAGGAACAUAGCUAUAUGUAUUAUACGAUACACAUCACACACAAUAUGUAUAUUUAUAUGUAUAUGCAUACAUCGAUCCUUUUAGACCAUAUUAUUUCACUAUAUUUAAUAAUAUGAAUUGUGUAUUUUAAGUUUCGUGAGUUAUGAAACCAUAUGUUAGUUAUAAUAUUCCGCUUUAUAAUAUACUGAUUACUGAAACAGA